AUGAAAUUCUUCGGCUUUACCCUGCUCUUCUUGCAGGCUUUCCUCGUCUGCGCCCAAGCCACUACUCAACCCAAACUCGAGAACUUCACCCUUGCAUCGGGCAGUGUCACGAACACCCUAGAUCCCAAUGAGAAGUACGAAAAGGAAUCUCGAGAUAUCAACGAAGUCAUUGAACUCGACCCAACCAACAUCACCAUGGCCAUCCCGCCGGAAGACUUACCCAGUGGAAAUCCAACUGAGAGACAACAUGCACGAGAUCUCUCCAAGCGCCCUCGGAAAUGCCCCGUACAUCUACCCUGGCUCUGCGAUGGUGUUGUGUGCUUCAAUCGAUUUACCCAUAUGUGCUGCAAGGGUGGAUUUCUCUGCCAAGACCCGCGGUUUUGUGUUAUGAAUGCUAUUGCCCAAAUGGCAUGCCGCUGA